UGGAGAGGAUCCUGUGUGCCACAGUGCUGAACAGUCUGGGACUGAAAAAGAGACACAAACAGAGAGAAAGUGAGAGAGGAGGGUCCCUGGAAUUGAGGAGUUGGAUAGACACAGAGAGAGACACAAGAAAAAGUUCAAAGGAAGAGUGAAAGAACAAAAGAUUUGGAGGGGAGAGACUGUGUCCUCUCUCGUCUCCCCUGUAUCUCUGGAGGGAGCUAUGGCGGAUAACAGCACUCAUCCUAUUGUGAAGAUACUGGAGUCCUUCGGAUUGAGGGAUGUGAUUCUGGCCUUCUGUCUUUCUAUGGUUGUUGGUCUUCUGCUGGGAGCUCUGGUCUAUAUGAUCUUGACCUGGAUGUCUCGUCGACGAGCUUCAGCCAACAUCACUCGCGUACCCAUCCACCAGUCCCGCUCCACCACCCGUUCAUCCUCGCCACGCUCUCGACCAGGCUACAGUCGACACAGCAGCGGCUACGACCGACGCAGCAACAACAGUCUGGCCAGCACUGCCUUCUCCUUCCAUCGGCAAACCUCAUCCUCACAGAUAGACUAUGGUGACUCACCGGGCCGCAAGUCGAGCUUCCGGGCCUCUACUUUUCAUCCUCUUCUUCAGUGUAGCCAGAUAGCUCGUGAGGCAGAAGAGGGUUCCCAGGGAAGCCUGCCACGGACCCCCACUCUCACUACCAGCCCUGGGGUGGCUGGCUCCACCAGCACUGUCAGUUCCAUGGUCACUCCACCCCGGGCCAGAACCAGGCCGGAUUCCUUCUGGGGCAACAGCAAUCUAAGGGGCUUUCAUGCAGGCCAGAUUCCACCACCUGCCUAUGAGAGCAUCAUACGAGCCUAUCAGGAGACAACCACGUGAAGGAAGAGGAGAUGCUACAGUGAUGGAGGAAGAUAAAUGUAUUAAUAGACUUGGACUAAAAAAUUGGACAGCUGAAAGCAAUAUGGAUGUCCUACAUCUUAAAACAUGGCCAGUUUUUCAAUGUGUGUAUAUUUGCAUAUUUCUGUUCAUUUGUUUAUAUUCUAUUAAAAAAUAAAGGUUCUUUAUUGGCAUAUGGUUCCAUGAGGAACCGUCCAGGGAACCUUCCAUUGAACGAAAGGUUAUGUUCUUCUCACAAAGAAAAGGUUCUUUUAAGAUAAGAACUGUUCCAUGAAAGGUUCUUUGGGGAACCAAGUAUAACCAAAAUAGUUCUUUUAUAGCAUCAUUGUGAAAACCUCUUUUUGGAAUCUAUUUUGUGCGAGGUCAAUCUGAAAUACUUACAGAGAAUGUUUGAAAGAGAGAGUGAGAUGACUUUGGUUUCUACAGGUCUGCUUUAUUGAUUAGUAAAGACAAAAGACCUUUAUUUUUGCAGGGAGAGAAUAUGUCUGUAAAGAGUGAGAGAGAAAAAUGAGAAAACAUGAUAAACAGAGAGAAAGUAAGAGAUACUGAAGGUUGUAAUAAGCAUGGGGACAAAUAUUUUUGCAGGGAGAGAAUAUGUCUGUAAAGAGUGAGAGAGAAAAAUGAGAAAACAUGAUAAACAGAGAAAGAAAGUAAGAGAUACUGAAGGUUGUAAUAAGCAUGGGGACAAAUCUGAGAGCAUUACUGAUCUCUAUUGCAAAAAGUUAUUGCAAACACUAAUUUAAAAUCGUUUAGCACCAAACUCAAUCGAUUGUGUAUUUAUUGGUUUGUUUUCUGUGAACUCUAGUCUUUUGGAAUCAUUGUAAGUAUUUCUCAACACAAUUGUACUCAAAAAAUAAACUGACACAAUGCAUUUUGCAACAGCUUUUUGCAUCUGCAUGUUUUAAUU